AUGAUUCAGAAGAUGACGGCUUGCAUCAAAACGUUUGAUGAUUGCCACGAAAUGAUCGAUGAGACCUACUGCGAGGGUCGGGUGGAAGGAUUCACGGCGGAAAUGCAGCAGACCCUGAAGCAGCAGUACAAGAAGGCCAAGCGUGCGCAACGACCGACACCGGGGCCAACUGCUCGCAAGCUCGUGCAAGCUCUGGCGAUGGGAGAUCCUGCAGCCAGUGUGGUGCGUUUUGCCAAAGCUCUAGAAGAAGAGCAGCCGCUGCUCUUGCGAGGGAUCCGGCAGCUGUCUAUUCCCUCCCUGCCACAUGCUGAGUCUGGACUGCACCGAACCAUCAGAGAGUGGGGUAUGGCCCUUCCCAUAGAUGUAUACCUUUUCAACAAGGGUAUUCUUUUUGCUCCAAUGUGCCUGCCCUCCAAAGUCCUGGAGUUCUACCUUUGCAGAAAGCCUUCGAUUUUAUUCGGGGGCUUUGGCCGAAACCAUUUUGCUUUGGAUGGCUUCCUACAAAGCUUCUGGGAAUGCUACAGGUACGAGGAUGGGGAUCAUCAGGUCUUCCAAGUUCAUGGUCAUCGGCUCAACCGAUGCUUCCCCUUUUUUAUCUAUGCCGACGAAGGGCGUGGAUUGCGGAAGGCCCCUAUACAGGUCGUGGCCCUUGAGACACUGUGGGGUAUAAAGACGUUUGCUGCUUGUGAGAAACUUGCGAAAACUCGUGGCUGGAACAACCAAACUUUCUUGGAGGCAUCAGACCACACUGGACGUGGGUCGUCUCUAACUUCUCGGCUUUUGCUAUAUGUUCUGCCUCAUGGAGCCUACAAGAAGAAGCAAAAACAUUUCUGGUACGAUACAUUCGGUGCUCCUGUGAAAGAUUUGGCGAGCCUGUUCACCUCAGGAAUCACAGAUCAGAAUGGGGAGACCUGGUUCCCCAUUUUGAUAGGUGUUAAGGGAGACGCUCCUGCCCUCAACAAGAUCGGCAACUUCAGCAGGAGCUUCCAGCGAAUCCUUGGAAACAAAGGAAUUUGCCACUUGUGUUUGGCUGGCAAAGAUGGCCACAUGUGGGAAGAUAUGGGGAACUCGGCAAGCUGGCAUGAAACGGUUUGCCAUGAACGGCCCUGGACGGAUCGAAAACCAUCGUGCGUACUUCCCAUACCUUUUAGCUUGCAGGCGCCGGAAAAGGUAUUCAGAUCGGACUGCAUGCAUUUGGUGAAGCUGGGCAUAGCCCGGCAUCUCAUCGCUUCAUGUGUGGUGGCAUUGGGCGAUUGGGACAUUUUUACUGGCAGUGGUGCAAGCAUAGCUGCGCUGUUGGAGCUCUCGCACAACGAUUUUGUGUGGUGCUGCAAACAUGAGAUCAGGCAAACGCCGCAUCUGAAGUUAUUCUCCAAAGAAGGCUGGAAAGCUGCGGAUUCUCUGAUGCUGGCACGAUGGCUGCUGCGAGUGCUGCGACAAGGCCCUGUGAAGCCGGACCAGACUGGGCGUUCAGGGGUCACGUUUUUACGUGACCCAGACAAGGGGCAUAUCUUCAGAGCAAUGGAAGACGCAUGCUGCAGCCUUCUACGUUUCUUUCAGAUUAUCCACAAGAGUGGGCUCUGGUUGGACAGAAACCUGGCGCAAUCAGCUGCUGAUGCUGUCCAGCUAUUCUGUCAGAGCUACACUUUCCUGGCGCGAGAGUUUCACAAGCUCGGCAAGUUUUUAUUCCACUUGGAAGAACCUGCCCUGCAUAUGUACCGACAUGUGGGGCUUCGAAUUACUACGCGUGUGGCCGCACGAACGUGCGGCCAACGCACUGUUCAGCGAAUGCUAAUCCGCUAUCAUUUGGAGUUCGAGAAGCUGGGCGUGUAG